UCCAUGCCCUUACAGUGACUCAUCUACGUUGUGUCUCUAUGGAUUUGCCUACUCUGGGCAUUUCAUCUAAAUGGAAUCAUGCAAUAUGUAGGUUUUCAUGACUGGCUUCUUUGACUUUGCAGUGUUUUCAAGGUUCAUUAUGUUGUAGUACCAGUCAUUCCUUCUUUUCUUUUCUUAUUUUAGUGCUCAUUUAUUUAUUUGAGAGAGAGAGAGAGAGAGAGAGCAGGGGUGGGGUAGAGAGACAGGGAGAGAGAAUCCAGAGCAGGCUCUUUGCUGACUCAGUGCCCAAUCCCACAAACCUGUGAGAUCCUGACCUGAGCCAAAAUCAAGAGUCUGAUGCUUAACUGACUGAGCCACGCAGACACCCCCUGGGUCAUUGCUUUUCACAGCUGAAUAAUAUUCCUUUGUAUGGACACACCACGUUCUGUUUAUCCAUUCAUCGGUUCAUGGACAUUUGGGUUAAUCUACUUUGUGGCUGUUAUAAACAAUACUGCUGUGAUCAUUAGAUUUAGGGCUCUCCUCCCUAACCGUGACAACCACUGAUCUUUUUAGUGUCUUUGUAGUUUGUUUUUUCCUGAACGUCGUGGAGUUGGAAUCACACAGCAUGUAGCCUUUUCAGAUUGACUUCUUUCACUUAGCAAUAUGCACUCAAGGUUUCUCCGUGUCUUUUUUGCCCAUUUUAAUGGGGUCAUGAAUUUGUUUUUAAUAUGAUGGUGAUGACGUCUGGGGAUAUGAGCGGGGAGUGGAGGCUGCCUCAUAGGCGCCACCUGGCCUCUUGCCUUCGUUGCAGGAACCCUCUGGAAAGAAGGGCUGGGUGUGCGGGCUCCAUGCCCGAGGGGAGGCCAGAAUGAUGUCUUGUCUCACAUGCCAGGCUGUCCCUGAGGGGUCCCCGGAUCCCUUCCCCGGUCCUCCCUCUGUCUCCCAUGCCCGUCUCUGUGUCCCUUAGACGAUCUUGUGGAGAAGAUGCCAUGCUCAGGGAACUCCUCCCGCGUCUGUGAGUGCCGUGCUGGCACGUUCUGUGCCACAUCAGCCACCAACUCCUGUGCCCGCUGCAUCCCCCACACCGUCUGCCCGAAAGGGAUGAUUGUCAAGGUCCAGGGCACAGCACAGAUGGAUACUGUGUGUGAGCGGCCUUCCCCGGUGACCAGCCCUGACCUCGGCACGGGCCCAGAAGACUGCCAGGCGCCCACCAGCGACACCAGCGCCCAGGCCGGGCCCCUGGUGACCUCCUCAGUGAGCUCCAGUGCCAGGACCACGCUCCUUGGAGGGGGCACUGCCAUCACCCCCGAAGAUGACUCCAAAACGACGGGGGCCCCCGGCUCUCCCUCCUCUGUGAGGAAGCCCAGUCCAGAUCCAGGGCUGACCCCGCAGCCGCCGUGUCCCCAGGGGUCACCUGACUGCAGGAAGCAGUGUGAGCCCGACUACUACCUGGACAGGGACGGCCGCUGCACGGCCUGUGUGAGCUGUGCUCGAGGUAAGGGCCGCGUUCUCCUCUCCAGGGGCUACUUCUCAGGACGGGGUCCGUGGCGGGCGGGGGGUGGCAGGGAAG